UCGGCGCUGGCUGGCUUUUAUGUACAAACUCCUUCGAUCGUCGUCAUUUAAUGCCAAUCUUUGCAUGAAUUCGGUCCGCGUUUCGCGACUUUGCGUGUGUCAAUCGGGUGGCAAGUUGGUGGAUUCUUUCCCAGUUUAAAAAACGGUGCGUUUCUUGCCAUUCUCGGACGGUUCCGGUGGUGGCCACUUCCGGGGAAGUCCUUGCCGCUCGCACGAAUAGUGCUCUCGAAACUGUGUCCGACCGAUGUUUCGGAUGGUUGGAUAAGCAGUGAAGAAAAAAAAGUGACGGAAGAAAAAUGUCUUAUCGCAAAUAGUGCCGUCAGUGGUGUGGUUUUGCUGGUGGUCGACCCUAUUGCGUGGGGCCAGUUCUUGCCAAUUUAUGACGGGGUUAUUUGAUUAGUGAAGCGUGCCCGUGGUCCAAAUCGGGGGCAUUCUUGGAUCUAAAUAUUGAUUACGGUGCCGAGUGGCUGUUUUGUGUGUUGACAGUUCAGCAAUUUUUUUGGGUUGAUUUCAACCAAAAUCGGGUCAAACCAGAGAGUCUUAAAAUCCGCUACCAGAAGAAACAAGGCAGUGCGAGCUGAAGCAGAAUAAUUAUUUUCGAUAACGGAGCUCGCAGCAUUUACUCACUCAGUGUUGUUUUUUUUUACUUUUUUGCAACGAAGAGUAAGAGUAGCGAAUCGCACAGCGGAAGAAAUAUAACAAUUUAUGGUCAGCACUGCGGCUUGCAUCAUGCUUUUUGAGGAUCUCACAUAAGCCCUGUCGACGCGGUCAGAACCAUGCAUGCAUUCAGAGUCCGCCCUGGGGUACUCGUGUCCCCGUAGUAGACCAACGACCUGCCAGCCAGCAGCAGAAUUUGCAUCAGCCAACGAAGUUCAACGACUUCAACGCCAACCUGCAGCAACCUGUGAGAUUAUUAGCAAGAAAUCAGCGAGAUUCAAGUUUUUUUUGUGCGCGACAGUAGUCUAAGCCAAGGUUCAAACCCGCGAGCGGUGCUAAUCUAGUCAUUUUGGGAUCAAUCUCUCUCUCUCUCUCUCUCGCCUCAAGUUUUGCUCAAGCCCGAUUAAGUUCUUGACGGCGACGUUCGAUAUCGCAAGACCACGUGCGCGAGCCCGCGCCAGUGUGUGAGUAAUUAGUGAGGUGAGUUGGUGUCCGUGCUGGGACCGUCAAGUGGGGUGUCUCAGCUGUGUGGCGCUGACACAAUCCAGCAAACAGCAGUUUUUUGUCCGAACCCGCGUCGUCGAUACCGUCGAGUUCAGCCGAUAAUGAGUGAAUCGCGUCCAGCGAUUGCGUAAAACCAAACGGGGAAGCAAAUCGACGAACCCGACUCCGGGAAGUGUGUUCCGGAAGCGGUUCAGAGUGUGUGCAAUUUUUAGAGAAGUGAAACCCCUGAAGAAGAGUCGAAACCAAACGUAGAAGCGGCUCUCCAGCAGAAUCCAUCAUCAUGCCGGUGAAUGCCAUCGGAGGCGAACAGCUGAGCGGCAUCGAGGAAGAAUCGGACAUCUACGAAGCGUUCGCGCCCCAUGUGGACACGGCCAACAUCUCGGUCCUGACCGAUACUCCGCCAGGAAAGAAACCCAACCUAAAGACAUUUCAAGAUGUGCAAUCACUCAUACAGCAGGGUAAGAAACGUGAAGCCAAACUAGUGCUAAGGGAAAACUCGUGGCCCACCAACUCGCCGAUCCGGUCGCAGCUAUGGCCGGCCCUGUGCAGCCAGCACCACGUCGGGAAGAACAUGCUGGACGGGUUCUACUGGGACAUGGUGAACCAGGUCUUCGGCACGACCGAGCUGCCGGAGAAGCCGAUCAUGCUGCCCCCGUUCGUCGACUCCACGCACUGUCUGCCGUACCACCUGACGCGGAAGGGCCGGGCGGUGGCGGACCGCGUUGUCAGUGUCCUCGGGUACGCCUGCCCGGACAUCACCUACAGUCCGACGCUGUACCCGAUCACGGCGAUGCUGCUGCACUUCAUGUCCGAGGAAGAGUGCUACCAUUGUAUGGCGAGCCUGGUGGCCCCGAAGGAUAAAGUGUUUAUCACGCAGACGAAGCUGCUGUACGAAGUCACCUGGAAGACUGUGAUGCAAAUUGCCAAAAAACAUGCGAAAUCCGCCGUGCUGUAUUUAACGAGAUUAUGCCCGGGCCAAAAGUCCGAGCGCAUCUUCAUGGACUGGUGCUGGUGGAUCCUGGGCGGGUUGCCCUUUCCUCACCUGGUGCGCGUCAUGGACUGCUUCUUCCACGAGGGCAUCAAGGUGCUGUACCGGGUGUCGCUGGCGGUCCUCAUUCUGUUCCACAAGCACGCCACCGCCACCAACAGCGACUGGGACGCGGACACGAUCAAGAACGACAUCGACAACGCGCUGCCCAAGUUCUGCAAAAACAUCCCGGUGUCGCCCGCGAAGCUGCUGCGGACGGCGUUUAGUAUAAGAGCACUUAGUUCAACCUACAUAUCUAGGAUUUUUCUAAAGACUGAAAUGGUACUAAAGAGUAAGUCUGUCCUUAGUGGUUCGAAGCAGAUGGUAAGAUCACGUUCUAGCGAUAAUUUACCAACGAGUCAAUCCCAAGUCAACGUACAAAUGAUGUCACACACACUAACCAUUAGAGAGGGUGCGCACUCCCCCGACGUGAGAGUUUUAUCGAUGGGCGUUUUCCCGACACAAGCAAUAAAAAGCAAAGUUUGCGAUCAGGAUGACCUAUUUACGCUUUGGUCCUGGCUGCCAGUAAGGAUAACAAUGUAUCAACCCGUACUGCUAUACACGACGGAGGAGCACGGUUGCUCGCUGACGACGUUCUACGUGCGGGUCGAGCAGCACGAGCCGACUCUGCUCAUGAUCAAAACCUGCAACAAUGAGGUAUUCGGCGCCUACUGUUCGUCCCGGUGGUUCGAGCGCAACCUGAAGGACGACCGCGGCCAACGGCAGGCGUACUUCGGUACCGGCGAGACGUUCCUCUUCUCGCUGUACCCCGAGCGGGCCAAGUACCCCUGGGUGGGCAUCGAGGGCGACAAGGGCCUGGGGCACGCGUCGGAGCUGUUUAUGGCGGCGGACUCGAAGAUGAUCACCAUCGGAGGAGGCUCCGGCCAGGCCAUCUGGAUGGACGAGAACAUCCGCUUCGGCAAGACGGACCGCUGCCAGACGUUCAACAAUCCGCCGCUGUGCGCAAGCGGUGACUUUGAGAUCCGGGUGCUCGAAGUGUACGGCUUUGUAGGUGCGUGAACAACCUCCAACUCCAGUAAACCUGCGCUAUACCAACUACUAUCACUACUACUACUACUAGUACUAUUGCUCCUACUGCAUCUGCAUCCACACCAAACCAACCAACCAACAAAACCCCAUUUGCAACCAGUUUCAUCUGUAUGUGUGUGUGUCUUGUAUCUCUGUGCGAACGAUGCUCAUAACUCCUCCCCGCGGGGUCCACACAAAUCGUAACGUUUGCCAAAGCCGACGAACGCUGGGUACGACGAACUCCUCACGCAUCCUAUUUUAACCCUGAACAAAACUGUGAGCAAACCGUAUCUUCCUUGAUAUUAUAAUCGACCCACACCCUCCAAACCUAACCCACAACCAUGCGCGCAAGCCUGCAACAUUGACGAGAUCGAGAUCGAAUUCUAAGGGGACGAUUCGCAAACUACGUUAUUACUAGUGUUAUGUGUAAAGAGAAUGGAAAACGAAUGCUGCAAAGGCUAACUAAUUUGGGAAUUUGAACUAAACUGUGUCGUUUAACGAGCUGAAUUAAUUUGAACAAAAUUUUCUAUUUUCUUCUUUUUUCUCUCUUUUAAGAAUGUGAAUAACGGUUUAGGAUUAGAGAAGAAGAUUGUACACACACGACUCUACACCAAACGCUAUGAUUUAGGAUGUUUUAUUUUGUUUCGUUAUUUGAAAUGAGAUGAGAAAGUGUGUGGAUUCACCGUCAACCACAACAACGCUUGAAUAAAGAGCUGAGUGUUAAAUACUACCCCGGGAGCAGUAAGUUGCCCGCAAACUUA